AUGCGCAGCCUCAUUAGCCUUGCACUGCUUCCGCUAGCAGUUGCAGUUCCCCAUGCUUCACACAAGUCAGACUCAACUUACGACUACAUAGUAGUUGGGGGUGGCACCAGUGGCCUCGUUGUCGCAAACCGAUUGUCCGAGCAAAAGCACACCACCGUCCUCGUGAUCGAAGCCGGUGGCUCCGUAUAUAACAACCCAAAUGUGACCGACACGUUUGGAUACGGCAAAGCGUUCGGUACAGACAUUGAUUGGGCCUACAAAACGACAGACCAGGAAUAUGCUGGUGGAUCCCCACAGAUAGUGCGUGCUGGAAAGGCACUCGGAGGAACAUCGACCAUCAACGGCUUGGUGUACCUCCGUGCCCAGGCAGCCCAGAUUGACGCGUGGGAGGCUGUCGGCAAUAAGGGCUGGAACUGGAAGACUCUGCUCCCCUACUUCAAAAAGGGCGAGCAAUUGCAAGAUCCGACAAAAUACCCAGUCUUGGAUGGAUCGGGUGUUACCUUUGAUCCAGCUUACCACGGCUUUACUGGGCCCCUGAAGGUUGGAUGGCCUUCGACACAGUUGAACGAUGGUCUUGCUCAGAAAUUGAACGUUACCUACCAGAACCUCGAUGUUCCUGUUCAGUUCAACAAUGACCCCAAUAGCGGAGAUAUGGUCGGAUAUAGUCUGUAUCCCAAGACGCUUGAUUAUGAACUCAACAUCCGUGAGGAUGCCGCUCGUGCAUACUAUUAUCCUUACCAGAACAGAACCAACCUCCAUGUUUGGCUCAAUACACACGCCAAUAAAAUUACCUGGAAGGAUGGCCACGAGGCCACUGCAGAUGGUGUCGAGGUCACUCUUUCCAACGGCAAAACCACCGUGGUGAAGGCUGCCCGCGAAGUAAUUCUCGCUGCUGGUGCAUUGAAAUCUCCCGUCCUACUGGAGCUUUCUGGUAUCGGAAACCCAGACGUUCUUUCCAAAUACGGAAUCGCCACUAAGAUUAACCUGCCAACUGUUGGCGAAAACCUGCAGGACCAAAUGAACAACGGCCUCCAGUUCGAGUCAAAGAAAUCCCACGACGACAACAAGAGCACUGACUACGUCUCCUACCCCUCAGCGGCCCAGCUCUUCCCCAACUCCACAGCACUCGGAGCCGAUCUUCUCCGCAAGCUCCCCGCUUAUGCAGCCCAGGUUGCAUCUGCCAACGGCAACAUCACCAAAGCCAGCGAUAUCUACCGCUUCUUUAAGAUCCAGUGGGAUCUGAUCUUUAAGGAUGGUAUUCCUGUCGCCGAGAUCUUACUAUCGCCCUCUGGAAACACAUACAGCAGCGAAUACUGGGGGUCUGUUCCUUUCUCUCGCGGCAGUGUUCACCUCUCUUCUGCAGACCCCACGGCGGCGGCUAUCAUUGACCCCAAGUACUUCAUGCUAGACUUCGAUUUCGAGGCUCAGGUGCAGGCGGCACGCUUUAUUCGUAAAGUCUUCAGCACUGAGCCACUUGGUGAUAUGGCUGGUGCUGAAAUCGUUCCCGGUCUUUCUACUGUUCCUGCUGGUGCCGAUGACGAGGACUGGGCUGACUUCAUCAAGGGUAAAUACCGAUCAAACUUCCACCCGAUUACCACAGCUGCCAUGCUGCCCAAGGAGAUUGGUGGUGUUGUCGACACAUCGCUGAAGGUUUACGGGACAUCGAACGUUCGUGUUGUGGAUGCUUCCGUCAUGCCUUUCCAGGUCUGCGGUCAUCUCCAGAGCACUGUGUAUGCGGUUGCUGAGCGUGCAGCCGAUAUCAUCAAGGGGCGGUUGUAA